CUUUUACCUCUGAAUGAAAUCCCACCUAAGGCAGUCGCAGGCAUCACCUCUGACACAGGGUGGAGCAGACAGUUGUCAGAAACAUAACCUUCUAGACCUUUAAGGAGAAAGCUGCCGGCUUUGUCCUCUUGGGGCCUCUACAUGUUCUGAGAGUCAGAGGGGGUGCAGGUACAGAAUCCAGGUCCCCGUGGGGGCUGGCAGGGGACAGCUGCACAUUCUCCACCCCCUGGCAGGGCUCAACCUUUCCUUAGAGAUGGGCUGUGAAAGUUGUCUGCCUUGAGGUAAGGAACUCCUGACGUCACACAGCAGUGGUGCUUCCGCCUACCCCGUCCCCAAAGAGCCUGCACACUGAUGGGGGAGGCACAGCCAUGGAGGAGAACCAGAGUCUCGUGGGGAGGCACAGUCCUCAGGAGCCCCCAGGCUGAUAGGGGAAACAAAACACACAAGAAACCCCAAACUUUCAAGGUUCUGGGGCAGGCACCGGGGUCCAGGUGGCAAGGAGACAAGAUCCAGCCCUGUGCAAUGGUGAGGAGGCCCCUGGGGCUGCUGUGGUCGGCCUGGAAUGUCAGGCUGUGAGCUCAGCCCUCUCGGCCUGCGUGUGUCGGGCUGUCAGCAGGGCCGGCGCACGGGAGAAGAUUUCCAGCCCCCUCUGGGCCAUGGAGAGGCCUAAAUUUAGCUAGUAGACAAGGGGCUGGCCCCAAGCCCAGGGACAGUCGGCCUUAUAAAGCGGCCGCAGUCGGGGCUCGGCACGCUCCCCCAGAGGCCUGUGCCCACACCCUCUCCUGUCCAGCCCUUGCCCGCCUGGGCAGGGCCCGGCGCCGCCCGUGGAUGAGCCACAGGACCUCUUCCACCUUCCGAGCGGAGAGAAGUUUCCAUUCCUCCUCCUCUUCCUCGUCCUCUUCCACCUCUUCCUCGGCCUCCCGUGCCCUCCCGGCCCAGGACCCACCCAUGGAGAAGGCCCUGAGCAUGUUUUCCGAUGACUUUGGCAGCUUCAUGCGGCCCCACUCGGAGCCCCUGGCCUUCCCAGCCCGCCCCGGGGCGCCAGGCAACAUCAAGACCCUUGGAGACGCCUAUGAGUUUGCAGUGGAUGUGAGGGACUUCUCGCCUGAAGACAUCAUUGUCACCACCUCCAACAACCACAUCGAGGUGCGAGCUGAGAAGCUGGCGGCUGAUGGCACUGUCAUGAACACCUUCGCUCACAAGUGCCAGCUGCCGGAGGACGUGGACCCGACGUCAGUGACCUCAGCUCUGCGGGAGGACGGCAGCCUCACCAUCCGGGCACGGCGUCACCCGCAUACAGAACACGUCCAGCAGACCUUCCGGACAGAGAUCAAAAUCUGAGGGCCUCUCCCUUCCCUUUCCCUGUCCCCCUGCCCCACGCCUGCCAGCAAAGCCUUCCUAACCCCAUUACAACAGCCCCAGGACAUCUCAGCCCAGGUUCCAGCCCCGAUGCUCCCCAGACCCCAGGUGGACCAUCCUCCCAAACUAGGGCCCUCUACUCUACCCAGAGCAGGCCAGGGACUCCCUGGCCUGCCCAGAUUUCAGAUAUGGCCUCCCCCACUUAAUCCAGAGUACAGGGGCUGGGAUUGGGGAAGGAAGAUCUAAAGAACCCGUGGUGGGUAAGGGGAAUGGGACCAGCAGGACACCUGGGCAAGCUCUGCAGGACAGACAGACAGAAAAACCCUCUGAUCUAUGAAGUCUCUGCAGGGCAAGGGGACCAGGGACCUGGAACUCCCUUGGCCAAGGGAAGUGGGAGAGACAGAGGGAAGGUCACAGGCAGGGGUGCCUAUCUAAGUGGAACUAACGCCCGAGGGCUUAGCAAGGCCAAGAGGAGACAGUCGUGCUGGUAAACUUCCCCUCUGCCAGCCUCCAAGCCCCACACCAGCGAGCAGGCUGCCUGCCCACCCUGUGCCCCCAGCCAGCUGGCUGUGCCAGGGCAGAGCCACGCCACAUCUGUAUAUAGAUGGGGUUUUUCCAAUACAGCUGGUUCGUGAUAAACUGCAUGAAAGUCCUGCCGUCCCAUGCGUGCUGGGGCCUCCAGGCAAGGCCACGUGGGGUUGGGGGCGGGGCUGGUCCUUCUCCCUCCCACAGGCCUGUGUUCCUGCGGCUGCUCCCAUGCAGACAGGGUGUCAACAGCUGCUCUCAAUUCCCCAUCUCUGGGCACUGAGGAGUAUUUCCCCUCAUUCUACCUAACAGAGAUGAAAGCCAGGGCAUGGAUGGAGUUUUGGGUCCUCAAGGUUGGACCCCAGCUUCUUGCCACUUUCCCCUCCAAUUAGUCGCCUCCCCAUCCAUCCCCCUCUUUAAUCUAUGAAUCUAUAGCCUCGGUGUGUGUAACACACACACACACAAACCUAUCGUCCUUCGAAUACUCAGCAUUACCAUUGGUUGAGGCCAAAUUCAGAGCUUUCUCAAAUCAGAUUUACAAUCUCCAUUUUCAUCAAUGGGGAAACAACGCUGAGCCACUGAGUGCCCGACUUCGUCGCUGAAGGUUAGAUCUGAACCCAGGGUGUCAACAGCUGCUCUCAAUUCCCCAUCUCUGGGCACUGAGGAGUAUUUCCCCUCAUUCUACCUCUCUAGGGCUAUGCACCCCUCCCCACAUCUUCCAGCUGGGGGAUGGGGGGAGUCAUAGGAAAAGCCCCCAUCUCCCAUCUGGUAUAGGGAUAUUCCAUCAGCCUUAACCCUGGGGAAUGCCUGCUGCCCCCGGUGACUCUUGGCUUCAUCUCCCACAUACAGAAGCAGGGUGGAGGGGAGGGGUGAGGAGUGGGUCUCAGUUAGCAGCAGUCCCCAGGGCAAGUGGCAAGCCAGCCUCCUCCCUCCAUGCCUCUCUGAUCAGUGUGCCUUAGGGUGGCCUCUCACUCCCACCACUCUGGGCCCCUUGGGGGAGGACUGGGGAGGGGUCUGUGGGAGAGCCCUGACGCUGGAACCUGUAUACACAAUAAAGGACAGUCUCACAGACUUCUG